AUGUUUCCUUCACUCUUGACAAAGAACAGACCGAAGAAACGAGAUGUUAUCGAAUGCUACUUCCGACUGCUCUGCUGCCGUGGUCGUGACGUCGAAAUCAUUCCCGGCGAUAUCGCUGCCGCGUUUGAGAAGGACGUCGCGAGUGGAUGGAAUAAGGAGUUUCUCAGUGGCACGCUGAAUACUCUUUCGCUUCGCGAGAAGGCUAUGCGUGAGACUGGUGCUAUGGCGAAGAAGCUUGCGCUGCAGAAGGGGCGUGACUCGGAGUAUAGACAUUGGCUGCAACUUGCGGGAAUGGAUGUUGUGCGUCGGGGUGCGCAUUUUGCGCCUUUGACGGAUGAGGAGGCCCGAUUUGAGAGGCAGGUUGAGGACGAUGAUGACGAUAAUGUGGAAGAGGUUUUGUUGGUGGAGUGGAGGGGAGGCAAGUUUCAUCUGACAGGAUGGCAUAAGCUUGACAACGGCAUAGUGCGGGCGGUAUUUCCUCAGGGCUGGAUUGCGUAG